AGGCAAAACCUUUUUUUUUAAAAAAAGCAGGUUUAAACCUAUAAAUAGGGGGACAAAAAACUGAACAAGGCUGUUAAAGAAAUAUUGCUAAUACAAGACUUCUACCGUUAUGGGGAGCAAGAACAUGGACGAGAACUUUUUUCUUGCCAUUCCAGAUGCCGCGCUAGAAGCUUUAAAUUUUGAACAAGAUGGAAGUCAAAACCACCCAAUAGGUUUUCCUGAAAUUACAGACGAAGACAUAUCAAGCGUUAUACCUCAAGAAGAAAUGUUGAAGGGAAGAGCGCUUAAAGGGGCCAAGAAAUUUCCCUCUGAGGCAGCUGCAGUUGGAAGCAAGGGUAUUAAGCACACCGAUUUUGAACAGCCCUGCACGUCCAAAUCCCUUAUUGCCCAAAGCCCGCAACCUUUAAAGAGGGGCAAAAAAUUUCCUUCUGAGGCAGCUGCAGUCGGAAGCAAGGGUAUUAAGCACACCGAUUUUGAACAGCCCUGUACGUCUAAAUCCCUUAUUGAACAAAACCAGCCGGCAUUAAAAAAGGCCAAAAAGUCUACCUCUAAAACAGCAUCCGUUUUCAGGGCGGGGGGAAAGGGGCUCAGACCCCCCGCUUUUGAACCGCCCAAAGCUACCUCUACAACUUUCAAAAACCAUGGUAAGCGAGGCGGAGGCGGUAAAGCCCCUCGUUUUCAACAGACCUAUGCCUCCCCGACCCAAUCAGCUUUAAAAAUAAACAACUCUGUAGAAGGAACCGUGUCUAGGGGUGGGUUCGAGCAGGGUGAAGAAGUUAACCCCCAAGCUCUCGGAACCCGCAAAACCCUUGCUACAAAUAACAAUCUUCCUGUGGGGCUGGCCGCAUCAGUUGCUGCUUGUAAAGAGCUGUUUAGUGUUUGUUCAUCUUUAAAGCGUUUAAUAGAUAAAAAGUUUUCAAAGCUAAUUCUUCAGGUAUUUCAAAAACAAAAUUUUCCAGAAGAAAGGGUUGUUUUAGACCAAAAAAUAGCAGACACCCGGGCACUAAUUGAAAAGGUGGAAAGCGCGUUAAAGGGGGAAGGAAGAGGGUGACUACACAUGAAACCUAAAAAUGUAAAAAGGGGUUGGAAAAAAAAUGGAAAAAAUCUAAAAUGUUAAGAAGGCUUUUGGCAAAAAGAAUAAAAAAAACCAAAGCUAUUUUAAAAAAACAACCCCCCAACCAAGAAAGGGAAAUAGACCCUCCCACCCCUUCUUCUUCUUCUGAAGGUCCAGAUUCCCCCGCUCCUGAUACACAACCACAGGUGUAUUUGGAGCGUGUAAGACACUGGAUAAGACCCCGAAGAGAGUUUAACGCAUAUGAAUAUUUUCAGGAAUUUCGUUUUGCUAAUUUGGACAGAGUAACGGGGUUCACAGAAGCCAUGGCGGCCAUCGACAUUGCUAUUCAAAAUUUGCUAGAUGAUAUUAAUAAUCAGGUGGGUCCUGAAGAUUUUGUACAGCUACGCUUAGAUGCCCCGGGGCUAAAUCACCCGCUCUUUUCUUUACGGAGGCCUUGGGAAAAUUUAAAUGCCAUAGAUUUUUUAAAUAACAUCGUUAAUGUGUUGCAAAGUAAUGCAGAGAUUGUGGGGUCCGGAACUUUACGCCUGGUUGUUACAAUUAUUAGAAACAGGCUUGGUGGAGUUGGGUCUGUAAGACCCCUAAAAACUAUUACGUACAGUAAAAUUAUUGAAAAAAAAAGAAAACAUUUAAUUGAUUUAAAUAAUCAGGGUAACAACUUAUGUUUUGCCGGUAGCGUGCUGGGUCUUUUAUCAGAUAAAAAACUUACAGAUGCCCAGCUGUUAGAGGGGGCCAAACACCUUCAUCAGGAGUUGGGGUUUUCGGACCAAAAAAUGAUUAGCUUGACAGACAUGAGCUCUUUCGAAGAGCGCUUGGGGGUAGCUAUUACCGUUUUGUAUUAUGAAAAUGGAAAUUGGUGUUUUUUUACCACUAGGGGUGUACAGCGUUCCCAAACUGUUUUUGUUUUGUUACAUAACAAACAUUUUUACGGUAUUUUAAAUAUUAAAGCCUUUAUAGGCGCCCCGUAUUUGUGCAACUACUGUUAUGCUCCCUAUAGCCACAAACACCAGCACGCCUGUAAAAACCACUGCCGUACGUGUAAUAGCACCGAGUGCCUCGAAGUGGCCGGUGAAAAAAAAAGAUGCCCCAGCUGUAAGCUGUUUUGCAGGUCUGACGACUGUUUAGAAAGGCACAGCGCUUUGGCGACCAGCGGUAAAGAUGAUUGUAAAAACAGAAUUUUUUGCGAUAAAUGCGGCUUCUACAUGGUUAAAAAUCACCAGUGUAGAAGCAAAAAGUGUCCCCAGUGCCAUCAAAAAACCGACAACAUAGAGGGUCACGAGUGUUAUAUGCGUAAUAUUUGGUCUCCAGAAGAGGGAAAGGAUUAUGUGUUUUAUGAUUUUGAAUGUAUGCAGGAAACGGGGGUACACGUGCCAAAUUAUGUUUAUGCUUUGCAUUUAAAUAAAGAAACUAGCUGGGAAUUUAAGGGGGAAGAAUGCA